GUUGCCAUGGUUUAACGAGCAGCUCCCACUUCUUCACUUUAUGUGUUUUGUGGUAUGAAGGUUGAAAUGAAAUGGCUUGUGUUUUGUAAUUUUUUGUUGGGCUCGCAUCCAAAGUAUUUUAAUAUUUUCCAGUCUUUGUAAAUGCAUUUUCUCCAUAUUGGAUAGCGAAAAGGAUUCAAGCAUAUCUUUGUUUCAUAAAAACAGAUACUGAACAGUAUAUCUGUAUCUGUUGUUCCAUACAUCACCGUCUUCACUUAUGCCUGUUGAGGCAACAUCAGCCUGCUCUUUAAGAUUCGCUUGAAGAUAAGGUAAUCAAAAUGAAUCAGCUACUAGCUGCCUAUGACAAAAAAAUCGUCAUGCCGUCUGGUAAAGUUGAUGGGCACAUAGCAGUUGAUGAUGAAGAUUUCAGUUCUUCUGAGUCUGAGGAAGAUGAUGGAGAUAUUGAUCAGUAUGAACACGAAUAUGUUUAUCAGGAAAUGCGAAGAUAUGGCAAGUGUGCUGUGGAAGCUGAUGAUGAAAGUGGUAUGAGUAGUGUAGAUGGAGUUGCUGGUAUGGAAUAUAAAAACAAUCCAUUGAGUGUUUACCAGAACUACAGGUUCAAUGCUACUCUUGUGAAGAAGGAAUUACCUAUUGACAGUUUCAAACAGAAGAUGCUGGACCUUAUCAAAGUAAAUAGUGUGUUGGUUAUUCAAGGGCCAACUGGUUGUGGUAAAACUACCCAAGUACCACAAUACAUUUUAGAUGAUUGCAGAGAAAGACAAGAGUUUUGUAAUAUUGCUGUAACUCAACCAAGAAAAAUUGCUACAAUAAAUGUUGCUAAGAGAGUUUGUGAAGAAAGAGGUUGGACUUUGGGCACUGUUUGUGGUUAUCAAGUUGGCUUAGAAAAAAAGGUCUCAAAUGACAAUCUGAUUACUUAUAUGACAACUGGAGUUCUAUUACAAAAAUUGAUUCAAAAUAGAACACUGCAUCAAUACACACAUGUCAUCAUUGAUGAGGUGCAUGAGAGAAAUCAGGAUUUGGAUUUUCUUCUGAUUAUCAUUAGGAGAUUUUUGUUCACUAAUUCUUCUAAAACAAAGGUCAUCUUAAUGUCUGCAACCAUUGAAGCACAAGAAUUUUCCCAUUACUUCAGAUCUCAAGGUCCCAGUAUGUCUAUUCCUGCUCCCAUAAUUUAUGUUAAGAAACAGAGUUCCUACAAGAAACACUUUUUCUAUUUGGAGCACUUGAAACCAAUACAUGACUUAACAGAAACUACCUUCGAUUUGGACAGACCAGAAAUCUCUGAAGGAAUAUGGAAUAUGUUUACAUCACUGGUGAAUAUUAUGGAUCGAUUGGAUGAUAGAGAUGCUGUUACUGGCAAACAGAUUAUUGGCAGUGUCUUGGUUUUCUUGCCAGGUAUCAAUGAAAUUGAGGAAGCACAUAGCAGACUUUUGAGGUAUGCAUCUGAGAAGAAACCUAGAGGUGCUGAAGGCGGUUAUAUCGAAUGGACAAUAUUACCUUUGCAUUCCUCGCUGCCUAAUGAUGACCAAGCGUUGGUAUUUCAACCAGCCAAGCCAAGCCACAGAAAAAUUAUACUGUCUACCAACAUUGCUGAGAGCUCUAUAACUGUUCCAGAUUCAUUUUAUGUAAUUGAUUUCUGCUUGACGAAAGUGAUGACUGUAGACCCUGUGACGAAAUACAUGAGUCUAAAAUUGGAGUGGGCUUCUCACACAAACUGUGAACAGAGAGCCGGUAGAGUUGGCAGAGUUGGAGAUGGUAGAGUUUAUAGAUUGGUUUCAUCAGAAUUUUAUAAAAAGAUGCCAGAGAAGAGUAUACCUGAAAUGCUAAGGGCACCUUUAGAACGAGUGGUGCUGCAGUCCAAAAUGCUAAAUUUGAAUGAUACACCUAGGCAGAUAUUAGCUUUAGCAUUAAAUCCGCCUAAUUUGAAGAAUAUUGAAAUGACAAUCUUUGGUCUGAAAGAGAUGGGUGGCUUGUUGCAAACCUGUCGCGGAACAUAUACUGCUUCUGAUGGUGACAUAACAUUUUUAGGACAUAUAAUGGCGAAUCUACCUAUAGAUUGUCGCCUAUCGAAACUUAUCCUGUUAGGAUAUUUGUUUAGUUGUUUAGAGGAUGCAAUCAUCAUGGCUGCUGGUUGCACAAUUCAAAAUAUUUUCUCUAUUCCCUUUCAACAGAGAUUGGAUGCAUAUAAAAAACUGUUAAUGUGGGCAGAUGGAUCUUACAGUGACCUUAUUGCAUUGUUGAAUGUAUUCCAGGUAUGGAGAUCCUGCAAAAGAGAUAACCAGUUCGAGAACUUUCAUGCUGAGUACAGAUGGUGUCAAAGAAACUUGAUCAGCUUAAAAGGCUUACGUGAGUGGAGCAUGCUUGUAACUGAACUUACUCAGCGCCUGGAGCGAAUGAAUAUUCAGAUGAUACCAGGACAGGCACGGUUGAAACAUGAUGAAAAACCAUUCAUCUUAAAAAUAAUAGCAGCUGGCGCCUUCUACCCGAACUUCUUCAUCCGCGAUCCGGACGCCGCCCAAUUGAAAGAAAGGGAUGCCGUAAAGAUCGUGGGCGGUAGGAAUCCGUUCAAGACGAUCUAUUUCAUGGGCAUGGACCCCAGACAACCUGGGCCACUUUAUAUUAGGGCUAUCAAAGAUAUGCUGAGCGAUAGCGACGAGAGUAAAGCUAAUAUGGAGGUUGGAUUCGACGGAAGUACGAAGAUCUACAUAGAAUUUAAGAAGUUCGACCAGAGAGAGCAGAUAACCGUAUCUGUAAAUGGAAGACAGAUGAUUACAGAUUCUAUACCAACAAGAAUUCCUAAGGAGGUCUAUGAGGCAAUUCGAAAGAGGCAGCUUAGAUAUGAAUUUGCUAUCAAAGUAUUACCAGAAGACGACGCUUGGAAAUGGGUGAAAGACCAUAAUAUAAAACUAAAUAGUACCUUCCAGGCUAUGGAAAUAUCCUCGUCCUCUGACUCUGAUAGAGAUUCUAUCAGUAGUUAUGGUCAAGACGAAUAUUCACCUGUUCCUACAUUGGAUGUUGAACAUAUAACCAUUAAAAUCUCAGAGUUUGUUGACGCGUCUCACUUUUGGGUAAACUGCUACGAAAGUGAAAACCACUUAGCCCAAGUAGAUCAAAUCUUAAACAAGACUGUAUUAAGAAGCGUUGUGGAAGUCAGAGAUAAAGUGGCCGUUGGGAAAAGAUAUGCAGCGAGAUUCCAAGAUGAUAACCUUUUUUACAGAUGCCAGGUGUUGUCGCUUACGAAGACAACAGCACAGGUGAUGUUUAUCGAUUAUGGUAACAUCCAAGUAGUGAACACUGACGAUUUAUACCUGUUACCUAACAACCCCAUUUGCAAGGUAGCACCUCUUUCAUUGGAAUGUGUUUUGCAUGGUGUACAACCUUCUAGAAGGAUGAAUCCUAAUGGUGUUUGGUCAGAUAAUCUCAAUAUGUACUGGAAGAGACAGCUAGUUGGAAUACUACUCUAUGGCAGGGUGCAUUCUGUUGUCGAUAAUGUAGCAUAUAUUGUCAUCUACAAAAGGCAGCGUGAGGAGAGCUCUGUGAAUGAUAUAAUGCUCAAAUUGGGACAUGCUGAUCCAGCUGCUGAAAGUUUCCUUUCCAAGACAGAUCACGAGAGGCGCAAAAUGGUGAUGUCCUCAGCUAACCCGACAGGCGAAGCCGCCCGUUUCCGCUUCGACAAAGUGAUCAACUACAGUGACUUUGAGACACCCCAACUGCAUGGGGCUCACUAUAGGCGGGUGCCUCUGAAAGGACCUUUCAAUCCAUUGGAGAUGAAAAUAUUCGGGUGUUUGCAAAGUUCCGGCAACAAAACUGUGGAAGUCGAAGGACAAUCGGUCAAUACAGUGUUGCUGGAUAGUGAUCCUCAAGAUCAGCAUACCAGGUUGUUGGUGGCUUCGAGCGUGAAUCAGACAACGCAAGGUGACAGACUGAGACUCCGGCAAACCACUUUGAUGCCCAACAUCCCUGGUCUUCCCAUGUUGCUAAUGUUGAUCUUUUGUCCCACAAUGGAGGUAAAAGUGACUGAAGAUGGAACACGGGUGGCAUCUAUUUUAUGUGGUUUGGGAUUCAACAAGUACACGAAGAAAGCACUGUAUCCUGCUCAUGAUCUUUGUUUGAUAUUGGAUACCGAACUUACUGCGGACGAGAUUACAGCGGUGAACGUUAUCCGAUUUUACUUGAACCAAGGCGUCAAUCUCAUGCAAGAGAUAUCUAACAAUAUGUCAAGUCAAGAAGAGAUGAUUGCUACACAACAAGCACUGAAAAGAAAUAUACUGGAUUUAAUAUAUGCUGAUAGAGUGGUGAUACCACGAAAAACUGUCAAGCACGCAAACGUGUGGGGUCAAACUGACAAUAAGUUGAUGGUGCUCAAGCCAAAUGUGGCGGAUGAAGUCGAGGACAUCUGGCCAUUGCAUUGGUUCGUCAAAUUGAAACAGUCCGACAAAUUCAGCGAGGACGUUCCAACGAAUUUGGACGACAUGGAUCAGAUGGCUAGAAAUAUGAUUCCUAUGCAGCAAAUUGAAUGCUGCCUGUGCAGAGAAGUUUCCUUCACAAUAUAUGAGCUUAGAUUACAUCUGGCUUCAGAGACGCACCAGCAGAGGAAAGCAGAGUAUAUGGCAUCACUAGAAUAUGAUGCUAAAGAUUUUGACUGAUUUUUUUUCUAUAUUAUUAAUUUAAACUGAAUUCCAAGAAUGCUAAUAAUUGUUAGUCUGGAAAAUAUCCAGUUAAGAAUUUAAAAGUUCAAUCAGUAAUAAUAGCAUGGAUAUCUUUUUAUUUUUCAAAGUAUUUUUCUUUUUAUUCUGUGAUUUAUAUUUGGAGAAUGGUUACCUUCAUUUCUUCUAUGAAAAUAUUUUUUUACUGUUAUGUAGAAUGCUAAGUAUUAUGUUAUCAUUUUAGUUGUGUUACAAGAUUCUGUUUUGUGUACCAGUAUGAGAAAUAAAGUGGUAAUGUUAUUAUAAA